GGUGGGAAUAGUACUCUUCUUCUGACAGUGAAAACCAAAAUCCGUAGCAGACAAGUGGGAAAGCAAAAGCAAGGUCAAGGAUUUUAUUUUCUCUGUAGCGAGCGCAGAUUGAUCAUCACAUCAGGCUUCAAUCCCCAAUCGAACCACUCAACAGAUGAUGUCUCGCUGAGUAUCUCUUUCGUGAUCCAAUGCAACUUCACGUCAUUUCUCUCUCCGUCUAAUACCCCAACCCUAAAGCAGCGUUCUCUCUCCCUGAACUCAAAUAUCUCUGUGAGUUUCAAAUCAGUCCCAAAUCCCAAUCUCUCUCUCUCACCCACCAUAAACCCCCCAAAUUAGACCUUUAACAAGUCAACACUCGAGGGGGUUGAACAAUCAGGGGCAGGCUAAUCACCUUUUGUUGCUGGCAGAUUUGUGCCUCUAUAGUUAACAGGAAGAUACCAGUCUACAGGGUGCUGCUAUGCUGGUUUACCAAUUUCGCAAGAAAAGUUGACAUGGAUCAUUAAAAUGCGCCAUGUUACACUGGAUCUUGCACUGGCAUUGUCUUAGUGUAAGGUUAUGAAACAUCCAAAAUGGUUUUUGGGAGACUUGCUGCAAUUUUUGCUGCAUCACGGAGUCAUGGUACAACUCAAAGUUCUCCAACUGGUAAUUCAGUUUCCUCUGGUACAUUGCCAAAACCAAAUCUAAGCUAUAGGCAAGGAUUGGGAAAUUAUGAAAAGAAAGGCAAUUUGCGGCUUUCAUCGUCUCUUCAGGAUCUGUCUACGUAUCAAAAGCUUGAUCUUGAAGAAGGUGGUCUGAUUCUCGGAAGUGAUAUAGGUUCAACACAUGCCAAACUUAGGCCCGUUCCUUUAUUACAAGAAAAUGCUGGAUCAAGCUUUUCUAAGGAAAAAGGCUUUCCAUCAUCACCAGUUAAACGGAAAAGAUGGGUGCGUACAGCAUUAGUAUUUGUUGCCCUGUUGGUGUUUUUCCUGUGCUACUAUGUAGGUUUUAGACAUUUUAGACCUUACUGGACUUCAGAAGGAUCGCAGUUUUCCAUUGUGUUUGAUUGUGGAAGUACUGGGACUCGGGUUUAUGUGUACGAGUGGUUACUUGAUAACAGAAAAGGCCGAGAAAGUUUACCCAUGGUGUUGAGAUCUUUACCUGAAGGCCGCCAUAGAAAAUCCAGUCCACAGAAUGGCCGUGCCUAUCACCGAAUGGAAACUGAACCUGGUUUUGAUAAGCUUGUACACAAUGAGUCUGGUUUGAGAGCUGCCAUAAAUCCUCUUCUUCAGUGGGCUGAGAAGAAAAUACCAAGACAUGCCCAUCAGAGCACUCCUAUCUUCGUUUAUGCUACAGCUGGACUCCGAAGGUUGCCAAGUUCUGAUUCAGAAUGGGUUUUGGAUAAGGUACGGUCCAUUUUGGAAGAAUCGUCAUUCUUGUAUCAAGAUAAGUGGGUUAAGAUUAUCAAUGGCAUGGAGGAAGCUUACUUUGGAUGGAUAGCCCUAAACUAUCACAUGAAUACUUUAAGUUAUUCACCCACUAAAGCAACUUACGGUUCACUUGAUUUGGGUGGUUCUUCUUUGCAAGUUACUUUUGAGACACAGGAAGUUGGCCAAUAUGGAACCAGUUUGAACUUGAGUAUUGGAGCGGUGCAGCACCGUCUUACUGCAUAUUCUCUUCCUGGGUAUGGUUUGAAUGAUGCCUUUGACAAGUCUGUUGUUCUUCUCCUGAAGAAGCUAUCUGGACCAAUGGAGAUGAAGCUAAAUAAUGGCAUAUUACAGCUUAAACAUCCUUGCUUGCAGACUGGUUAUAAAGAGAAAUACAUGUGUUCUCAGUGUGGAUCCUUAAACCAAGAUGGAAGCCCCGUGAUUGGAGUCAGAACCACUGGAAAAGAAGGUCCUGCCACAGUUAUUGAGUUACUGGGUGCUCCUCAAUGGGAAGAAUGCAGUGCCCUUGCAAAAUCAACAGUUAAUUUGUCAGAGUGGUCAGACUUGGGUUCUGGAAUUAACUGCAAAUUGAAGCCUUGUGCUCUGAGUGAUAAAUUUCCUCAACCCCGUGGAGAGUUCUAUGCCAUGUCAGGUUUUUUUGUGGUAUUUCGCUUUUUUAACUUGACUUCAGAAGCGACUCUUGACCAAGUAGUACAGAAGGGUCAAGAAUUUUGUGGAAAAGCAUGGGAAGUUGCUAAGUAUAGUGUUGCUCCACAACCUUUCAUUGAGCAGUACUGUUUUCGGGCACCAUAUAUUGUCUCACUCUUGAGAGAAGGCUUGCACAUAAAGGAUGACAGAGUCGUUGUUGGCUCUGGUAGUAUAACCUGGACACUUGGAGUUGCUUUAUUGGAAGCGGGGGAGAUAUUAUCAAGCAGGAUGCAGCUGCAAGGCUAUCCAGUACUUCAUAUGAAGUUAAACACAGGAAUUCUUAUUGUGAUGCUGAUUAUUUCACUGGUAGUUGUAGUUUUCAUCAUUUUUAGCACUGUUUCCAAGACCUGGUCUCCAAGAUUUUGCAGUAGGUCAUAUUUGCCACUUUUCAGACAUCAUAGUACAGGUGUAAAUGUUUUCAAGAUUCCUCCUUUUAGCUUUCAAUGGUGGAGUCCUCUGAGUUCAGGCAUUCCCGCUGGGAGAGCUGAUGGAAGAGUGAAGACACCCCUCAGUCCCACAGUUGGUGGUGGCUCUGGCUUGAGGCCAUUUGGCAUGGCACAUGGCCUUGGGAGCAGCAGUGACAUUCAGAUGUUUCAGUCUUCACCGCACUCAUCAAGUGGAGUUGUGCACAGCUUUUCUUUGGGCAGUAUAGGGCAGAUGCUUCAUGAUAGUAGCGGUGGUGGGUCCUUCUGGACGCCUAAUAGGAGCCAGAUGCGGCUUCAGAGCAGAAGAUCACAGUCAAGAGAAGACCUCAAUUCUUCAUUGGCUGAGGCCCACAUGGUGAAGGUGUAGUAGGUUGUCUCUGCAUUGCACAGGUAUAUUCUUUCACUACCUUCCUCUGUUUCCAAAUUGUAAAAUUUAAAAAUGAAGCAGAGGUGCAAAUUUUGCUGUUCAUAAGAUUUGGGAUGGCUAUCAUCAUUCUUUCUGUAUUACGUGGUUCUCCAGCAAUAUAAAUCGGCCCAAUAUCAUCUUCAUCCUUAUAGUUGAUUUACAUGCCUUCUGGGUUUGUUUUGUUUUCCCUCGGUCUAGUAUUCUCUUUUAUUUCUCUUAUUUUAAACAACUGUACUUGAGCUCCAAAUGGUAGGUUUACAGCAAUAUCUGUAAAUACGAGCUUCUGGUGCCUCGUAAAUAUGGGGACCUUUGCCUCUUCUUUUCUCCCUCCUUUCCAACUCUGAUGUUUUUAAUUUGUAGUUUCCCUUUGCUUCUGUCUUGAA